AUGGGCCCUCGAGUUUUAACUGCCCAGACUCAACCUCAGAAAAAGGAAAAAGAAACUACCAAAGUUUACCCCGAUACUCAAGAUUUGCUUAUGGUUGAUGAUCCCCCUCCCCCUCCUUACCCUCCCGCCCCUACAGCAGCCCCGGCACUCCCAGCACCACCAGCCCUGGCACCCUCAGUCCCUGAUGCUGAGGCAGUGGGGCCGGCUCCAGGACCUGCCCAGGGAACUCGGCGCCGCCGAGGGGCCACCUUGGACCCACCGGGUAUUUUUCCUCUCCGGUCUUAUGGAGUUCCCAUCCUUGGGGAAGAAGGGGACCCGCCUUUCCAACCUCUGCAAUAUUGUCCCUUCUCCUCUGCUGAUUUGUAUAAUUGGAAAGCUAACCACCCGCCCUUUUCAGAUGAACCGCAGAAACUAACUAGUCUGGUAGAGUCCCUGAUGUUUUCCCACCAGCCCACCUGGGAUAACUGUCAGCAGCCUUUGCAGGUGCUCUUCACCACGGAAGAGAGAGAGAGGAUUCUCCUGGAGGCACGAAGGAAUGUGCCUGGAACCGACGGGCGACCUUCGCAACUCCCUCACGACAUAGAGAGGGGGUUCCCGUUGACUAGACCCAACUGGGACUUUAAUUCUCCAGAAGGUAGGGAGCGACUAACCAUCUAUCGUCAGGCUCUGGUGGCAGGACUCCGUGGGGCUGCAAGAUGCCCCACCAAUUUGGCCAAGGUACGAGAGGUCAGCCAGGGAGCCACUGAAGCACCCACAGUAUUCUUAGAGCGCCUGAUAGAAGCCUUCAGGUGGUAUACUCCCUUUGAUCCCACUUCUGAGGGGCAUAGUGCUUCAGUGGCCCUUGCUUUUAUCGGACAGUCGGCACCCGACAUUAGAAAAAAACUUCAGAGAUUGGAAGGCUUACAGGAUUUGUCGCUGAGAGAUUUAGUUAAAGAAGCAGAGAAAGUUUAUCAUAAGAGAGAGACUGAGGAAGAGAAGGAGUUAAGGAAAGAAAAGGAAAGGGAAAGUAAAGAAGAAAAGAGGGAUAAGAAGUAUGAGAGAAAUUUAACAAAGAUCUUGGCCGCAGUAGUAGAAAGUAAGUUGAAGAUACCCGAGUGA